GCUUUCGGUGACGUCAUACAGGAAGUGUAUCGGCGCUGUACACCCAGAAUAGCAUCCUCCAAAGCGACAGCAUCCUUUCUUACUCCAACUAUGACAAAACCUUGGAAGCACUUCACCGAACCGAUUCAGGGUUGGACCAUGUUGUGAUGAGCAGUGUGCCAUGCAGAGGAGACAUAGCAGCAACACGGAUGGCAUGCCCUCUGAAAGGAGCCGAAGCCAAACUCUGGGAUCAGAGAGCAGCCUUGAUGAGGGUGGUGUCUUUGACUGCCUGAAAUCUGACUCUACCGCCUCACCCCAGCAAAUCUUCUCUGGCCUUGUGGGUGUCCCCUCAGGCUCUGUCUCUUCUGCCCAGUUCCAGGCAGCUGGCUUAGUCCUGGGAUCUCCCCCUGAAGUUUUUAUCCAAAUGACAGCAUCUUCCAGAGAAGAAGGGGGCCCACACCGCUCGGAGGUUGGACCUUUCCUCCCUCGACCGCCGCAGCACCACCACCAUCAUCACCACCACCACUUCCACCAGCCGCUGCAGCACAGGACAUCCUCUCUGCUUCAGCAGGCCACCACGGCAGCUGGCUCAGAGAGGCACAGCUCCAGAGAGGAGGGCCAGGAAGACCCAUCCACUCCGGCACCGGCCCUGUCUGAGCUGAAGGCAGUCGUUACCUGGCUGCAGAGGGGUUUUCCCUUCAUCCUGAUUCUGCUGGCCAAAGUCUGCUUCCAGCAUAAGCUAGGUAUUGCUGUCUGCGUGGGGAUGGCGAGCACAUUCGCCUACGCAAAUUCUACACUGAGGCACCAAGUGUCAUUAAGGGAGGAGCGUUCCAUAUUUGUAGCACUUUGGAUCUUAAUGUUCCUCUCAGGAAAUAUUGUUUACAUCUUCUACACAUUCAGUCAUGAGGAGCUGCAAAACAGCCUCAUAUUCGCCAAACCCAACCUCAACAGUUUUGACUUCUUUGAUCUGAUUUGGGCAGUGGGCAUCACUGACUUUGUCCUUAAGUAUGUGACCAUCGGCCUGAAGUGCUUUGUCCUCUUUUUACCCAAGAUUCUCCUGGCCUUCAAAUCCAGGGGUAAAUUCUACCUGCUGAUUGAGGAUCUGAGCCAGCUGUUUAGGGCCCUGGUGCCCAUCCAGCUGUGGUACAAGUACAUCAUGGGAGAAGACCCCUCAAACAGUUACUUCCUAGGGGCUACACUCAUCAUCAUCUACAGCCUCUGCAAGUCCUUCGACAUCUGUGGACGCGUGUCAGCCAUUUGCAAGGCCUUUUCUGUGCUUUGCAGGUCCCAGAGCUACGGAGUGAGGGCCAGCAGUCAACAGUGCGGCGACGCAGGUGACAUCUGUGCUAUUUGUCAGACUGAUUUCAGAGAUCCCGUUGCUCUUCUCUGUCAGCACGUGUUCUGCGAGGAGUGCUUGUGCUUGUGGUUCGACCGGGAGAGAACGUGUCCGCUGUGUCGCUCUACAGUCGUUGAGACCCUGCGAUGCUGGAAGGACGGCACCACGUCGGCUCACUUUCAGAUAUAUUAAGCGAUGGCAACACAAGAUAUGCAUGCACUAACAUGCGACUGUGCUGAGUGAGGUAAAUAUUUAACUCAAGAUCAUUGCAGAAACACCUGCGACUAAUAACAGAACAUGUUUAAAAAUCACAUCUGAACAGAAAUAGCAUAAAGCUUCUGGUCGAGGCCACCAGCAAAAAUAUAAAUCAUAAAUGCUGUUGUCGUACUUUAAUGGGCAUAUUCCUUUUUUGUGUACAUGUUGACAUGUAUUUCACAUUAGCACAUGAUAACAGAAUGUUCCUUUGAUUUAAUGUUGUAAUGUAAAUAGUUGUCACACAGGUGUAGGUGCUCUUUAUUUAGUGUGCACUGUAUAUAGUGUCUGUGUUGCUGCUUUUUAUCUCAUUUUAGUUUAAAGCUUCAUAUUUAUUCAAAAGUAGAUCAUGGAUUUGUUGUGUGCUUGUUGGUUAAAGCAUAACAUUUUCUUUUGUUUGGAUAUUGAGUAUUGAGUGCAUAGUUGGUGUGUGAUUUUUAAUUAUUUAAACUAUAAACAGAACAAUGCACACAUUUGCCUGAUCUGAUCUGAUCUUGGAUUGUUUGCAAAUCCCAUUUCGUUGUUAUUCUCUAUGAAUAUUAAUACUGUUGUAUUAUUAUAUUGUGAAGACGUUUUGAAUUAAAGCAAAUUCACUCAAUGUA